AUGGCAUUAAGUUGUGGAGCAAAAUGUGCUAAAUUAUUGCUAAUUAUCUUCAAUUCAGUGUUUUGGGCAUCGGGAGUUGUGUUGUUUGCUUUGGGAAUAUUCUUCUUAGUGGAAGACGAGAGGUCCAGUCUAUUCAAGUUGUUUGUCGUCGAGAAGUAUAACUAUGCAUUGCUUCAGAUGCUCGCCUGGGCUUUCAUAGUGAUCGGCUCCGGUAUCGCACUAAUCGGCUUCUGUGGUUGUUGUGGUGCCGUUAAAGAGAACCGUUGGAUACUAAUCAUUUAUUCGCUAUUUCUUAUGGUAAUCUUUGCAAUGGAACUAACAGUCGGAGUGUUGGCUAUAAUAUUUCAGGAGAAAGUUGUGGCCGAACUAAAGCUAGAGUUGACUAAUAAAUUACAGACAGAUUAUGGACUUCAUUCGUCAUUUACAGCGGCUAUAGAUUUGGCACAAACUAAGUUUGAAUGCUGUGGUAUUGAUGGUCCCAAAGAUUAUGACCGAUCCGUAUGGAAGACGACACGUAUGAAUGGUAUGAAUUCAAAUGUCAGCCGAACCUGUUGUCUGUUGCAAAACAAGUUGGAACCGCAGGCACACAACAAUCCCCGACCAGUCAAUGAAGCGUAUUGUCAAUCAUCAGAUCAGGUGGAGAACCGUAUUUUCAGACAUCAAAACGGAUGCCUUCAUAAACUCGAGCGCUUUAUUAGAGCCGAAUCAAUGGUUUUUGUGGUAAUGGGUUGUGGACUAUCAGGUGUUGUCUUGAUUGGUAUUAUUGUAUCAAUUUGUUUGUGUCGAGCCAUACAUCCCAAUACAGAGGAUUAA